CCUCUUUUUUCCUCUUCUUCGCGGCGGUGGGUCGGAGCCGCUGUGUCCCCGGUCUGGCACGUUCCUAGCUAAAUUCUCCACGGUGUAAAAUUGGAUCCCCCUUUUUCUCAAAACAAAAAAUUAUCCCCUCUUCAGUUCCCCAAACCGCCAUCAGGUUUCCGCUUAAAUCACAUCUCUAAAUCUCCAACAAUAUCUGAAGAUGGCGGUGGUAAGCGGGAUGUCGGGGUCGGCUGUAGCCCGGCUGGAGGGCCGAGAAUUCGAGUACCUGAUGAAGAAAAGGUCGGUGACUAUCGGUCGGAACUCCUCGCAGGGGUCUGUGGACGUGAGCAUGGGACACUCCAGCUUCAUCUCCCGGCGGCACCUCGAGAUCUUCACGGCCGGCGAGGAUGGCACCGGCACGGGGGACUUCUACCUCCGGUGCCUGGGAAAAAACGGGGUGUUUGUUGAUGGGGUGUUCCAGAGAAGAGGGGCUCCACCUCUCCAGCUUCCCCGAAUGUGUUGUUUCCGGUUCCCCAGCACAAGUAUUAAAAUCACGUUCACAGCCCUGUCCAAUGACAAGAAGGAGCAAAGGAACGUGCCGGAAUCACCGGUCAAGCCCGUCCAGCCCCAAAUUUCCCCCCUGACCAUCAACAUUCCUGACAACAUCGCCCACCUCAUGAGCCCACUGCCUUCACCCACCGGCACCAUCAGUGCGGCAAACUCCUGUCCAUCAAGUCCCCGGGGGGCGGGACUUUCCAGUUACCGAACAGGCCGGGUUCUCGCCUCUGACCUGAUUGGAGACAACUCCCAAUCAGAAAACGACAAAGAAGCCUCAGGUGAAGACAGCCCAAAGGAUGACUCCAAACCUCCGUAUUCGUACGCACAACUAAUAGUCCAAGCGAUUACCAUGGCCCCUGACAAACAGCUGACUCUGAACGGAAUAUACACCCACAUCACCAAGAACUACCCCUACUACAGAACAGCUGAUAAAGGCUGGCAGAACUCGAUCCGUCACAACCUCUCCCUGAACCGGUACUUCAUCAAAGUGGCGCGCUCUCAGGAGGAGCCGGGGAAAGGAUCGUUCUGGAGGAUCGACCCGGCGUCUGAGGGCAAGCUAAUCGAACAAGCCUUCAGGAAGCGCCGGCCCAGAGGAGUGCCCUGCUUCAGGACUCCUAUGGGACCGCUCUCCUCCAGGAGUGCUCCAGCCUCUCCCAGCCACACAGGGGUGCUGUCUGCCCACUCCAGUGGAGUCCAGACCCCAGACAGCCUGUCCAGGGAGGGCUCCCCAGUCCCCAUGGAGCCAGAACCCACCCCGCCCCCAGCCCCCACCCAGACCGCUACAGUCCAGCCCAAACUCGCCGUCAUUCAAGAGGCGCGCUUUGCACAGAACUCCCCCGGCUCCCCCCUCAACAACCAGCCGGUCCUGAUCGCCGUGCAGCGCCAGGUGCCUCAAACGACCAUGAAGCCUGUGACCUACACCAUGGCCACGCCGGCCAUUGUUACAUCGUCUAACUCCGCCCCCGUCAUGCAGACCGUGCAUGUUGUCCACCAGAUCCCCGCUGUCACCAUGGCAUCUGUUGCUGGACAGACUGCUGCUACAGUGAGCCCCGAACCUCAGGAGAACGGAGGAGGAGAUCACAAAGAGGUCAAAGUCAAAGUGGAGCCGGUCCCCUCCAUCACAGCCUCGUCUAUAGGUGGAGUCAGUCGUAUCAUUCAGAGCUCUCAGGGCGCUCCUCUGACCACAGUGACCAUCGUGCAACAAGCUCCACUUGGACAGCACCAGCUCCCCAUAAAGGCCAUCACACAGAACGGGACCCACCUGGUCCCCAUCAGUACUGCUGCGAGCACAGCAGUUGCAAACCCUCUUCACCUCCUGGCAGCCCACGCCUCGGCCUCGGCGUCGCUCCCCACCAAGAGGCAGAACGGCGAACUGCAGGAGCAGCCCGAGUUGAAGAGGAUGAAAACAAACGAAGGAGAGGAGGGUGGAGCAGCCGCUACCCACAACAACACCACCAAGAAGAACGGAACAAUGGAAACAGCCGGAGAAGGAGGGGUCAGUGAACACAUCGAAGACAAGUAGCCUGACCCCUGCUCUCCUGUACUCAAUGAGCCUCACCCUUUCCUCACUUUGUCACCCAUCCUCCUCCUCUUCUUCCUCCUUCAUCAUCUCACCUGGUCAUCAUCAACUCCAAGGUGCCAAACAGAGAAGAGACACAGAAACACCUGCAGGACUCCAGAAUGUUCAAACCCCUGAAAUCCUCUUCCAUUUAUUUAAGACCACGAAACUCGAUGCAAAAACUAGAGACCAAACUGAAACCGGAGGCGAUCAAAAGAUGACUGUGAAGUUUGAGACCCAGACGGCAAGAAGAAGCACAGGAAGAAAAAAACUAAAACCCAGAUAAAAAGAGACUUAUCAGACGAGUGAGUGGUCCUGUAAUUCCCCAAAGACGAGAAGGAGCCUCAUCCUGGUAGCAUUAAAGCGCUUAAACUGUGUCGGGUAGAAGAAGUAAAUCAGCAGUAGUGUGUUCUGCAAAGGGAAGUGUGUGUCUGUGGACAUUCCCAUCUUCGGCAGCUAGCCUCCGUGUCGACCUACCUAACCCCGUCGUGAGUAGAAAUGCAGUAUUCCGUUGUACAAGUGAUCUUUUUUCAGUGUUUCCCGACACAGAAACUAUCUAGUAAUAAUUAAAAAGCUAUAAGUGGGGUCUUUGAGAACAUUUAAACAUCACAACGCGAUCUUUUGGGAAUCCUUUUUCCGUUGUUUUUGUAUGUGGACUAAAGUGAAAUGAAUGUAGUCUCCUCUUUGUUCCUUUGAAAGAAAACACUAUCUAUGGAGUGGACGUUCUGUUUUCUGCUCAGUCAUGCAAAAUGAAAUUUCUUUAUCACUGUAUCAACAUGGACAGAUUUUUCAUAUUUUACAAAUAUCCUAUGAGAUAAAGUAUAUUCCCAUGCGUAUUUGACCAUAUGCUUCAUCCAGCUUGCAUGUUACGGAUCUAGAGACAAUGUACUUGAGCAGAUUAUCUGAAUAUGGAACUGAAGAAACUUUAGACUGAAUCUACGCUAUAUGAUUCUGACCAGUGCUGCACUUAACCCUCUUAGUUGUUCUUCUGUUCUCCGUUUUGUACUCUGAUUUCCAUCAUGGGCCGUGUUUGUUACUUUGUGUUGGAGUUGGCAGAAGUCUCUUUGCUUGAUUCUUUUAAAUAUUCUGUUCAGGCUACUAAAACAGUCCAAUCAGACUGUAUUCUAUGUUACGCGAGGAAAAAACAAGUGAUAGGUGUUUGUUCUGCUUCAGUGGGUAAAUGCUUUUUUUUAUAAAUUUAUUUAAAACACAUACACACAUUGUAUUUCUUUGAGUAAAAGCCUUCUCUGCUGGGCAAACACAAACUCUA